UAACUACAAAAACUCAAAUUUUAUACUACCAAAUCCAAAGCCAACGACCACCAAAUAUCAGUCUGGGCAAAUAGUACACCUACACUAGCUGAACUCGCCAAGCCAGCCCAGAAUCAAUUAAGAUCCCAUCGAUCACUCCCUCAUUGAAAAAGAGAGAAAUGGCAUCUGGGGAUGAUGGUACUGAGAGAUGGUGCGUGGUGACAGGAGGUCGUGGUUUUGCUGCUCGUCAUUUGGUUGAAAAGCUCAUCUCAUAUAACAUGUUCCUCGUCCGAAUUGCCGAUAUGGGUCCCACCAUUAGCCUUGACCCUCACGAGGAGAAUGGAACUCUCGGCCAAGCCUUGCGCUCUGCUCAAGCUGUUUAUGUUUCCAUGGAUCUUCGAAACAAGGACCAAGUUCUCAAAGCAUUGGAAGGAGCUGAGGUUGUGUUCCACAUGGCUGCGCCGAAUUCUUCGAUCAACAAUUACCAGCUACAUUAUUCGGUCAAUGUGGAAGGGACCAAGAAUGUUAUUGAUGCUUGUAUUGAGCAUAAAGUGAAGAGACUGAUCUAUACUAGCUCUCCUAGUGUGGUCUUUGAUGGGGUUCAUGGCAUUUUGGAUGGGGAUGAAUCAGUGCCCUACCCGGCUAAGCACAAUGAUUCAUAUUCAGCAACUAAAUCUGAAGGAGAGGCAUUGGUUAUCAAAUCGAAUGGGACUAAGGGACUUUUAACAUGCUGCAUACGUCCUAGCAGCAUUUUUGGUCCUGGAGAUAAGUUGUUUGUUCCAUCUUUAGUUGAUGCUGCAAGGGCAGGGAAAUUGAAGUUCAUUGUUGGAGAUGGCAACAACAUUUAUGACUUCACUUAUGUUGAAAAUGUGGCACAUGCCCAUAUAUGUGCUGAGCGAGCUCUUGCAUCAGGAGGGAUGGUUGCAGAAAAAGCAUCAGGCCAGGCAUAUUUUAUUACCAACAUGGAACGCAUGAAAUUUUGGGAGUUUGUCUCGGUUGUCCUGGAAGGUCUUGGCUAUGAAAGGCCAAGAAUAAAGAUUCCUGCCUUUGUGGUGAUGCCAAUUGCACAUAUGGUGGAAUGGGCAUAUAGGCUGUUAGGUCCAUAUGGGAUGAAAGUUCCACAGUUGACACCUUCAAGAAUAAGACUCCUCUCCUGCAGCAGAUCUUUUAAUUGUUCAAAAGCAAAGGAUCUACUUGGCUAUGCGCCUGUUGUACCACUUCAGGAGGGUCUAAAGAGGACAAUUGAGUCAUACUCACACUUGAGGGCUGAACAUCCACCCAAAAGAGAGGGGCCUUCUAAAGCUUCCAUAUAUCUUGGAAAAGGAAGGGUUGCUGACACAUUACUCUGGAGGGACAAAAAAAGGACACUUACUGCAUUGUUAGUUUUGGUUGCUAUUUACUACAACUUCAUUGCAUCUGGAUUCACCCUCCUGACUACCCUUUCAAAACUUCUCUUGGCAACAUCAGUUUUCUUGUUUAUCCAUGGCAUUUUACCAGAAAAAGUAUUGGGAUAUACAGUUGAGAAAAUACCCCGGUCACGUUUUCACUUGUCAGAAGAGAUGUCAAGAAGAGUUGCUUUGUCAGUGGCUUCAUCUUGGAAUGCUGCUGUUGAUGUUUUAAAAUCUCUUUCGACGGGACAUGACUGGACUCUGUUCCUUAAGGUUGUUCUCUCCCUAUUGCUUCUUAGCUUACUUGGAGCCGUUUCAUUUCAGAGCCUUUUUGUUAUAGGACUUCCUGUUGCCUUUUUAGCCAUCUAUGUAUAUGAGAAAAAGGAGCAGGAAAUUGAUGCUAUGGUUAUGGAUGCUCUCACUCUUGGAUGCAAGUUAAAAUCUGAAAUUGUCAGAAAAUUUGUUACUUCCAAGUCCAAGAAGGAUCAGUGAUAGCUGGUAGCCCAGAUUUUACAUGGUGCGAGCAUCUUCAAUUUUCUCAUAUGGAGCCGUUUGCCUCAUAUUUUGAUGAUUUGAAAAGUGGGUACCGGCAUGUAGCCUUGUAGGUGCUGUUAGUGUUAGUCUUUGAGAUUUCACAAGAGAAGGUGAGGGACUCCAUGUUAUGCUUGUGCAGCAGAUGUGUUACUCUCUUCCCAAUUAAUGACGUUCUUUUAAUUGAUGUUUAUUUUUAUUUUGAUAAGUGACGUUUUAAUUGAUUUGUAAUAUUACAUUGAAUUUUCUUAUAGUGUAAUAUUGGUCUCUUUAUUUCAAUGGAGGAUAACCCCUGAAGAAAUAUUUGGAUUUUGCUUUAA